AUGUUUGUGAAAUUGAAUAAAGUCGCAGGGAGCAUAACAAGCACAUGCUUAUCAGUGAUCUGCUCAGUCUGCAUCAAGUUUGGAAUCAAUGAUGAUUUACCUCCCAAAUGGACUGUAUGCUCCAGGAGUUUGAAGAUGUGGUACCUUAUGCAACUAACACAGGAGGGUACCAACUUUAUUCACUUUUGUAUCCUCCACACGCACUUUGCUAGCCAGCAGGCCAUUGAGGAGAUGGAAGUGCAUAACCACCACCUGCCACAUGAGCUGCCUUGCGCAGGAACAUCUCUCCAUGCUCAACACUUUGCACCUAAUAUUUACUCUGAAAGAGGAGUUGGAAAGCCAAUCUUUGGAUGA